ACGAAUAAACUAAACCUGUUACCACUGUGGGUUAACGAAGAAGUAGAAUAUGAAAAUUUCAUACAACUAAUUGAGUCUCCACUUCGAGAUGCUAAUUUUGUCCAUAUUAGAAGCCAAGUACCAAUAAUGGAGUUCCAGCCUUAACCCUGCUGCCACAACAUAUACCAACAAAGGCAAAGAAAAACUAAAACUGAACUUACUUUCGAAAACAACAAUCAAUCAAUCCACUAUGGGUUCCAGUGAAGGUCUCGCUCCAGCUCUGCCUGUUCUAGACUUCUCCAGCGAAAACUUGAAACCCGGAUCCACCGCGUGGCGCAGAACACGCGACGCUGUGCGGCAAGCCAUGGAAGAGUACGGGAGCUUCAUUGUGGAGGGCUACGACAAGAUCUCGACGGAUGUUUGCCGGGAAGCUUUCGGUACGCUCAAGGAGCUUUUCGAUCUCCCGGUGGAGACGAAGAUGAAGAACAAGUACGAGAAACCCUUGAGCGGCUACGUCGGACAGAUUGCAAAGCUUCCACUCCACGAGAGCAUGGGCAUCGACGACGCAGUCGACCCGGCCGCCGUCGCAGAUUUCACUACUCUCAUGUGGCCUCAUCAUCAUCCAAACCACGACUUCAGUGAGAAAGUUCACAUGUACGCGAAGCUGACAGGAGAGUUAGACAAGACAGUGACGAGAAUGUUGUUUGAGAGCUACGGAGUGGAGAAGUACCACGACGGUUACGUUGAGGCGACGACGUAUCUGCUUCGGCUGCUGAAGAACAGAGCUCCGGUGGGAGACGAGCCUCACCUGGGAUUCGUCACUCACACCGACAAGAGCUUCACCACGAUUCUUCAUCAGAACCAAGUCGACGGUUUGGAGAUCGAUACCAAGGACGGGGAGAAGAUGAACGUCCACUUCACUCCCACUUCAUUUGUUGUGGUUGCCGGUGAUGCCUUAAUGGCGUGGAGCAAUGACAGGAUAGUGUCUCCAACACACAGAGUGAUUAUGAAUGGGAAAGUGGACAGAUACUCAAUGGGGCUGUUUGGUUUCAGCAAAGGGAUGAUACAAGUGCCUGCAGAGCUUGUUGACGAGGAGCAUCCUUUGCUUUACAAGCCGUUGGAUCACAUUGGGCUCCUCCAUUUCUUCCGUACGGACCAAGGUUACAGGUCCGAAUGCCCGGUCAAGGCAUUUUGUGGCAUUGGAUAAGUGUGAGCGCAAGAGAGGAUUAGCUAGCACAUCGUGUGUUUACGUUUCAACACAUCAAAUUAAUGAGCAUCAACUCCUGUACCAUUUUUGCUCGAAAAAUAGAGAACCUCGAUCGGCCAUUUCAUGUGAAUAAGGAAUUUUCCUCCCUCGAUAUUGUUGAAAUUAAAGUUUAAAUUAUCAAAAUAUCUUAAAAUUGCUAGAAGCUACGUGAUUGUGCUGGAUGGAGAAAUAUCCAGAACCAAUUAGGUGUGAAAUAAAUGUGGCAGUUGUAAAAUAAAAAAAAUAAGAAAAAAUAGCAACCAUAAGCUUAAGUCGGUUAGUGGUGAUAUUUUGUAACUUGGAGCCUAUAAAUAGGCUUGGUUGGA